CACGCCGCGACACUAGUCGGUGGAGAGUCAGGAGACGAGCGAAGCUGGCGGGUGUCGAGGAGGCUGAGGACGGCAACAAAUUCGGUCUCCGUGGAUGUUUUCCAUAUUCUAAUGGUCGGAGCCCAGCACACAUCGCCCGGUAGAGGAACAGAGUCAAGGGGUGGACGGACACGGGCGUCAGUUUGACAGAGCGACUCGCGUCGGCUCACUUUAUGUUUUAAGCUACUAGCCACUUAGCAUUACCCGGACUGGGCUUGCAGAGGCUAGUUAGCCGAUGCUGCUAACGCGGUAGCUCCUGGUAGCUGGGCGCAACCCGGUGCGAACACUCGCUGCUGCUGCUGGGAAACCAAGGGACGAGGCUGGAGCGUACCACAUCUCGCCGGAGCCGUCGGCGCUAGCACCAUCCAGCUCACCAACACGUCUAAGGCUCGGAUACACGACCCCAGAAGAGCCGCCGGGGGGAGGCCCACCUCCGUGUCCAGCUUCACGCUUUUCAAGAAUCCCACCUUCCACCUUUCACUGCCCCUGGCUCAGUCGGUGGCUCAGCAGCACUUCAAAGGGGAAGGUCUGCGGCACUGCAGAUAACACGCUGCACCCUCGAGCCCUGGCAAGCUUUUCCAGAGCCCCCCGCGCAGUCCCUUGGGUGACAGAAAGAAGCAACCCAUAGAGUCGGACCUGGAGAGGAGAAGACCAAUUGUGGCUUGAACAAAGGAAGACAGCGAGAACUAAUGCCAAGCCCUUCCCCUCCUCAGACAGCCUAGCGAAGGUCCAGGAGGUAGCAAGCUGGCUUUUGGAAAUGAACCAGGAUCUGCUGUCGGGGGGCAGCAGCAGCAGGCGGAGUCGGGGGCCGGGGGGUCCGGCAGUGCGAGGUAACGCCUCCUCCACAGCCCGGGCACCCCAGCAGGCAGCAGAGGAGGGAGACGAGGAUGAGCACAUGAACCGGGUAGUAGAGGAUGAAGAGCAGCUGCAGCAGAGGCCUGAGGCAUCAGAGGUUGACGGUGUGAGGGAACAACCAUGGGCGCCCAGCGAUUCAGGAGCCAGCAACGGGCCUCGCGGAGACGAGGAAGGGGAAGAGGGUGAAGAUGGCCCGCCAAACGAAGUGAAUGGUAGGGAGAAAGGAGCUCAAUGGAUGUGGGAGUCGGAGCAGAGGCGGCUGAGAGGUCAGCCGCUGGGCGAAGAGGACGAGGAGGAGGAGGAAGAGGAGGAGAACAACAACAGCAACAGCCACCAAGAGGAGGAGGAGGAGGCGGCGGCGGAGGAGAGGACAGAGGGAGGGGAGCCACAGGGAGGGGAGGAAGAGGAGAGGGAAGAGGGCGAGGAGGAAGAGGAGGAUGAGGACGAGGAAGAGAUGGACCAAGACAGCGAUGACUUUGAACAUUCGGCGGAGAGUGGGAGAGAGGAGGAAGAGGAGGAGGAAGGAGAAGGGGAGGAAGGGCUGCGGUCUCCCUCUCUCAGGAACAAUGUGUCUGCUCCCAAUAACAACCUGGACUCUGGUUGUACACACCAAAGCUCUUCCAACAAGAAGCCAUUUUCAAUGAGACUAGAGACUAUCCCAGCUCACACCCGGAGACAGGAUGCUGCACCCUGGAUGAAAAGAAAGUUGGACCAUGGCCCCGAGGUCCGAUCUUUCCCUUCAGGAAAAAAGCCCUGCAAAGGUCCAGAGUAUCCGAGCCCGACAGGAAUUGUUCCAUGUCCAGCCACACCCACAACGUUUGGCCACAUCAGAACAGCCAAUGGUCAGGGGCAACAAAGACGGCGCAUCACCUCAAUCCAGCCACCGACGGGUCUCCAGGAAUGGCUCCGAACAUUUCAGAGCUGGACUGGCCCAGAGAAGCUGCUGGCGCUGGAUGAGUUGAUUGACAGCUGCGAGCCCACACAAGUCAAGCAUAUGAUGCAGGUGAUCGAGCCGCAGUUUCAGCGAGACUUUAUCUCCCUGCUGCCCAAAGAGCUGGCUUUGUACGUCCUGUCAUUCCUGGAACCGAAGGACCUCCUCCAAGCGGCCCAGACGUGUCGCUACUGGCGCAUCCUGGCAGAGGACAACCUGCUGUGGAGGGAGAAGUGCAGGGAAGAAGGCAUCGAUGAGCCUCUGCCCCUCAAGAAGAGGAAAAUCGUCAAGCCUGGCUUCACCCACAGCCCCUGGAAGAGUGCCUACAUCAGGCAGCACAGAAUAGACACUAACUGGAGGAGAGGCGACCUCAAAUCACCCAAGGUGCUGAAAGGUCACGACGACCACGUGAUCACCUGCCUCCAGUUCUGUGGCAACCGCAUCGUCAGCGGCUCCGACGACAACACGCUGAAAGUCUGGUCGGCCAUCACAGGAAAGUGUCUGCGGACGUUGGUGGGCCACACAGGGGGCGUGUGGUCAUCCCAGAUGCGAGACAACAUCAUUAUCAGCGGCUCCACUGAUCGCACACUCAAGGUCUGGAACGCAGAGACAGGAGAAUGUAUCCACACCCUCUAUGGGCAUACCUCAACAGUGCGCUGCAUGCACCUACAUGAGAAAAGGGUGGUCAGUGGUUCCCGCGACGCCACGCUCCGCGUCUGGGACAUCGAGACGGGUCAGUGUUUACACGUCCUCAUGGGCCACGUGGCGGCGGUGCGCUGCGUCCAGUACGAUGGCCGGCGGGUGGUCAGCGGUGCCUACGACUUCAUGGUGAAAGUGUGGGACCCGGAGACGGAGACCUGCCUCCACACCCUGCAGGGCCACACCAACAGAGUGUACUCAUUACAGUUUGACGGGAUCCACGUGGUGAGUGGCUCGUUGGACACGUCUAUAAGGGUCUGGGACGUGGAGACGGGCAACUGCAUCCACACGCUCACGGGACAUCAGUCCCUCACCAGCGGCAUGGAGCUCAAAGACAACAUCCUGGUCUCAGGCAACGCAGACUCCACGGUCAAGAUCUGGGACAUCAAGACGGGCCAGUGCCUACAAACACUUCAAGGUCCACACAAACACCAGAGCGCCGUGACGUGUCUCCAGUUCAACAAGAACUUUGUCAUCACCAGCUCGGACGACGGCACCGUGAAGCUGUGGGACCUGAAGACGGGCGAGUUCAUCCGAAACCUGGUGACACUGGAGAGCGGCGGCAGCGGCGGCGUGGUGUGGCGCAUCCGCGCCUCCAACACCAAGCUGGUGUGCGCGGUCGGCAGCCGCAACGGCACCGAGGAGACCAAGCUGCUUGUGCUGGACUUUGACGUGGACAUGAAGUGAGAAGGGACGUGGUGGGAGGGGGAAGGAUGAAGAGAGCGCACCGCGGAGAGGAAGGAGUAGAGGCCGAGUGGGAGAUGAGGCCCCUCGAACCAGGUGGGCCGACGCAGAGAACUCUUCAACCCAAACUUGCAAAAUCUACAACCACCACAACCGCCACCAGUGGGCUGUCCUGUCCUCUACCAUCAUCGCCCCCCGUCCCCCAAUUGGGUAAACGUUACUGACAAAGCCACAGACCCUCACGUGUUCAUCCCCUGCUUUUCACCCCCACCACCACCAACACCAGUACGAGGUGGAGUCGAAGGGGAUUGGGCAGGAAACGGGGCAGGCGAGGUGGGGGCUUGAACGGUCUGUCCCCUGGGAGUAAGAAGAGAAGAAGAGAGGAACGACUGAUGACGACUGAACUCCUCUGAAGCGACCCUCCACCCUUUUCGGUUCGGGGUCCGCUUAGCACAGAGUCUUGGUUUCGCUUCGAGCCUGACAGAUUUUGACAUGUACAGAGAUAUAUUAUUUUUUAAAGCCCCCACCUGCACAUACACCACCCACACACACCCCUCAUCAGUAUGCACCCUCAAACACACACACACACACACACUCAAACCGGAAAGUGGAAAACAUUGACCGUAGGGACAGUUUGAGGAAGGUGGGUGAGAUGUUCUGAAGGUGAAUUUCCACAGUUACACGUAAAGAGCUGCUUGAUGUAAACGAGAGGAAUCCGAGGGGUUCGUUGUUUCUCGUCACUCCGUUUCCGUUCGCGUUGUUCUCCACUCGGUUUCUGUUCUUUGGUUUCUUUACAAUAUCGCACACAAACACAACUGUGAAUUUCACCACCUUUUUGGUUUAUCAUAUGAAAGGGGUUCCCCGUAUUGUUGUUGUUGUUUUUUUUUCUUCUUCUUCUUCUUCUUCUUCUUCUUCUUCCUUGCCGUUGCCAACAGCAACAAAUCCCAGUAUUAGAAACCUGCUUGGUUUAGGUUUGCUGUCAUUAUGUCACAAGGUUUUUUUUUUGUUUGUUUGGGUUGUUUGUUCUACUCUUCUGUUUUCCACAUACCUUGGUUCGGAGCUCCGUCUCCACAUCAACAUCAGUGCUGUCCAGAAUGUUUCAGUCUAGCCAGGGCGGUUUCCUCAGAGCAGCGCUGCGGCGAGAAGUAGAGGUUCUCUGCUCAGAGCGCUGUGGAUGAACGCCCCUGAACACCCCCUCCCUCCCUCCCUCCCUCCGCCCUCAGCCCCUCCCCCUCUACUGUUCUCCCCCAGUGGCCAAACUGUAUUUAUGCUGCUAGAUGAAUGGAAAGAAAAUAACACAAGAGAUGGAACUCUUACUUGCUGUGACGUUUUAGUCCCAGGCGAAAUUUCCAAAUGGAACUCUGUAUGUUUGGACUUCAACAAAAAAGAUGACAAAAGAUGAACAUCCAACAUUUUUGUUUUUGUUUGUUUUUUUGCCACUGAAACUUGAGCCAAACGUGCCUCUACGAGGCGGAGAGGAGGGAGCGCGUCCCACAGACACUGACGGGAUCGCCUGCAGAGCGGAAACAAGCGGAUGUACACUGUUGGCGUGUGUGUGUUUGUGUGUGUGCGCGCGUGUGCGUGCGUGCGUGCAUGAGUGCGUGUGUUAAGCGUGUUAAUGGGCAACUUGUAAACACAUUCCUUGGGACAAAGCUCUUUCAGCCUGUUCUUUGGGGAAAUGUACAAAUGCUGUGUGGACUGGCAAAGAAAAAAAAAAGAAAUAGCAGAUGUAUCAACUUUACCACAUGAAUGAAAGAACUUGUCCGUAUCCAUGUGUGAUCGUCGUUUCAUUCGAAGAUGUCUGAAGCAACAGAGGAGACCGUCACGAGCAUCAGCUGACAGGCCCGAGCCGCCAGGAGUCGCAGUGUUUUCGUGCGUCGCAGUUCAACUCGCCGCGGUUUCGUCGGUGAGAAACAUUAGAACACAGAAGGCAAGAAAACGUGAACUGAAGCAUCGUAGCCAAAACGAAAAAUCGUCUCAAAAAUCUCCCAAGAGUCACAACUCAAGCUGAACUGUGAAAGUGGUAUAACACUGUAUAUUAAAAAAGAAAAAAAAAAGAAAACAAUCUUGCUCUAUCUCCUCUUGUUGUUUUCUCCCUCUGUUUUAAUUUAUGAUCUGGUUUGAGAAAUCAGAUUUUGUUGCAGGUGUUUUAUUUUUUCAGUUCAUGUAAACUGCCUGGCAAAAACGAAAACAGACAGAAAAAACCUUAAAGGGAUUGUGUAUUUGUUUGAUUCACUUAGAAUUUUAUUUUCUUAUAACUUAAGUGCAAUAAAAUGUGGGUUUUUUCUUUUUUCAUUUCAAGCAUAUCAGUUGUCUGUUUUUGUUACCUGUGUGAAGGCAUCUUAUAUGUUCAAUAAAGCAAAACUAUUUGAUUAA